AUGCUUAACUUGCCAUCCCUCGCCAUGGAGAAGGUUUGCCAGCACUUGGACGCGACUUCGACCCGGAACCUGUCGAACACCUGCUACCAAUUGAAGCAGUUGGUUGGACAGUGCUCGAAGAAAAAGUUCGAAAAAUUUCUUCUUCACGAUUAAAUGUUUACGUUCAGAGUUAUUCGUGUCGAAACGAUGAAGAUCACGUUUCUCGGAGGGAACUUUCUGGAGCGGAGCGUCAAGGUUAAAGUCUGGCUGAGAGCUCCUCAGUACCAUGAAAUUGACAUGGAUUUUCAACCACAACCUUUCGAAACUUCGUACCAACUUCAUGAAGUGAGUCUUUUCGUUUUCAUCAAAGGUUUGCUUAAACCUAUAGCAAAUGCAAUUUCAAGAAUCAAAUUUUUUCGAUCAUUUUCUCUUGCCCAAAACUUUGAAUUUACAAACUUUUUCAUCGUCAGCCCUCCUUUUUUUCAUAGAGUUUUCAAAUGUUUGAUUCUGAAUAACGGUUGAGAGAUAGAUUGUUAGAUGAAUCAUUCUUUCAACAGAGCUUUUGAAGUGAAUUUGUAAGGGCACUUAAGAUUUUUUCUUAUGGACUGAGCAAAAAAAAAUCAGAAAAUCGAAAUUUUGGUUACUUUCUUGAAAUCGGAUAUCAUAAUGAAAAAAAUAAAAAUUUUGAAGUGAAGACAAAAAUUCUGGAGUUCUAUGUGAAAGUCUUUUAUGAUAAAGUCCUAUGGUGAAAAAUAUGAGGUGAAAACUAUAGUUUCAAAAAUUGACCGUUCGACCAAUACUUUUUCAACAUGUCAUAAUAAAUGGUCAUUGGUCGAACGGUUGGAUUUUCAACAUUUCAAGAUCUCACUUCAGAGUGAAGUUUUGGUUUUGAUCGUUCGCAAUGUCACUUCAAAAAUGGUCGGUCGGUCAAACGAACGGUCAGAAAAAUGACAUGUUAUAACCGUUCGAAAACUGAACAGUCAAAUCAGUUGAACGGUCUAAUUGGUCGAACGGUCAAAUUUUAGAACACUAGUGGAAUCCCACCCUUCUAUUUAGAUUUCUAUGCAUCGAUUGGAUAUGCGCGAAAACGCAGAGAAGCUGUACGAUGUAAUUUCGAACUACAACGCUAGGCACCUUGUGCUCGAUUCGCAGUCCGCGUGCAUUCGGAUGAUGAAGUUCAUCCCGGGUAACUUCCUGUUCAACUACGUUAAGAAGGUUUGAUUGAUAAUUUAAUUAGCCAAAGUCCUUAUUUGUGAUUGCAGCUCUCCUUUAACGCUGAUCAGCGAUGUAUCUGGCAGCACUUCUACAGUUUCGUGGCCAGCGAUGGAUCCGUCAACAUCACCUUGGACAGAGCUGGGCCAAGGGCAACCAAGGGUUUCACGAGAGCGUUCAGCUGUUUUCUGGAGAACUUGCGGGCCCAAAAACUUACGUGAGAUCUUUUUUUUGUAUUUUUCAAUCAUCUCCCGUUUUUCAGGUGUGCUGUCAUUCCAACAUUGAGCUUCAAAGAAAUCAUCGCCUUCGUAUCGAUGAACAAAGUCAAACAGCUUGUGUUCAGCCACGGAUGUGAACUUCGGGACGUCACCCGAGUAAACUCCCAGAAAUUUAUAGAGGUUGGAUUGUGAAAAGUUGCAAAUAUUUUUUUUUCUCUGCAGAAGUUGGCCAGCCAUCCCCAUCCUGGUCUUCGAAAUUCCCGCCGGCAAACUCGGAACUUGAACAUCGACGAGAUGAUCAGCUUCUCGAUAGGAGAAGACCACGACCCCUCCCAGCUCGAAAUGAUGAAUCACUUCAAAAAUAUUCCGGGCGUCGAAGUUAUUGAUGAAUGCAACGCUUCUAUCCUUUUUUGUUAUCAAGGAAUCGAUUUUUUUUUCAAAAGGAGUUUAUACGGUUGUAAAAUAGCUCUCCCUAGCCAUUUAAGAUCUCGAUCCUACUCAAGAGAUAGUAGCUCCUCCCCUCCCAGGAAACGCUUUAGGCAAUAGUUCCCAUUUUCUGA